AUGGAAGGGAAUCAAACGGUCCUGUACCCUCCUCCUUCUAACACCAAACAGGGAGAAAGGAAACCUCCCAAGGUAUUUGCGUUUGAUUAUUGCUUUUGGUCCAUGGAUGAAUCUAACACUACAAAAUAUGCUGGUCAAGAAGUGGUUUUCAAGUGCCUUGGGGAAGGAAUUCUUGAGAAAGCCUUUCAGGGGUAUAAUGCUUGCAUUUUUGCAUAUGGACAGACAGGCUCAGGAAAAUCCUUCUCCAUGAUGGGCAAUGCUGAGCAGCGGGGCCUCAUUCCAAGGCUCUGCUGUGCUUUAUUUCAAAGGAUCUCUCUGGAGCAAAAUGAGUCACAGACCUUUAAAGUUGAAGUGUCCUAUAUGGAAAUUUAUAAUGAGAAAGUUCGGGAUCUUUUAGACCCCAAAGGGAGUAGACAGUCUCUUAAAGUUCGAGAGCAUAAAGUUUUGGGACCAUAUGUAGAUGGUUUAUCCCAACUGGCUGUCACUAGUUUUGAGGAUAUCGAGUCAUUGAUGUCUGAGGGAAAUAAGUCUCGGACGGUAGCUGCGACCAACAUGAAUGAAGAAAGUAGCCGCUCCCAUGCUGUGUUCAACAUCAUCAUCACACAGACGCUGUAUGACCUACAGUCUGGGAAUUCGGGAGAGAAAGUGAGCAAGGUCAGCUUGGUGGACCUGGCGGGUAGCGAGAGAGUGUCUAAAACGGGAGCCGCGGGAGAGCGACUGAAAGAAGGCAGCAACAUUAACAAAUCACUUACAACCUUGGGGUUGGUUAUCUCAUCACUGGCUGACCAGGCAGCUGGCAAGGGUAAAAACAAAUUUGUGCCUUAUCGUGAUUCAGUCCUCACUUGGCUUCUUAAGGACAAUCUGGGGGGCAACAGCCAGACCUCUAUGAUCGCCACUAUUAGCCCAGCAGCAGACAACUACGAAGAGACCCUCUCCACACUAAGAUAUGCCGAUCGAGCCAAAAGGAUUGUUAACCAUGCCGUUGUGAAUGAGGAUCCCAAUGCAAAAGUCAUCCGGGAACUGCGGGAGGAAGUGGAGAAACUGCGAGAGCAACUCUCGCAGGCUGAGGCCAUGAAGGCCCCUGAACUGAAAGAGAAGCUCGAAGAGUCUGAAAAGCUGAUAAGAGAACUAACAGUGACUUGGGAAGAGAAGCUGAGGAAAACAGAAGAAAUUGCACAGGAGAGGCAACGACAACUUGAAAGUAUGGGGAUUUCCCUGGAGACGUCUGGUAUCAAGGUGGGGGAUGACAAGUGCUAUUUAGUCAACCUGAAUGCAGACCCUGCUCUCAACGAACUUCUGGUUUAUUAUUUAAAGGACCAUACCAGGGUAGGUGCAGAUACCUCACAGGACAUCCAGCUCUUUGGGAUAGGAAUUCAGCCUGAGCACUGUGAGAUUGAUAUUGCUUCUGAUGGAGAGGUCACCCUCACUCCAAAAGAAAAUGCAAGGUCCUGCGUAAACGGCACCCUCGUGUGCAGCACCACCCAGCUGUGGCACGGGGACAGAAUCCUGUGGGGAAAUAACCACUUCUUCAGAAUUAAUUUACCUAAGAGGAAACGGCGAGAUUGGUUGAAAGACUUUGAAAAAGAAACGGGCCCCCCAGAGCAUGACCUGGAUGCAGCCAGUGAGGCUUCCUCGGAACCAGACUAUAACUAUGAAUUUGCACAGAUGGAAGUUAUCAUGAAAACACUGAAUAGUAAUGGUGGCUUCCCGGUCAUGAGCCUGUCUGCCUGGUGGCCAUCCCCUUGGUGGUCCUAUUUGAAGAUUCUCUUCCCUCUCAUGUGGUUUCAGACGGAGCUCCUCCACAAACACUGGGAUGAAGACCCAGUUCAAAAUGUGGUUCAGGUCCUGGAGAAACAGUACCUGGAAGAAAAGAGGAGCGCCCUUGAGGAGCAGCGGCUCAUGUACGAGCGCGAACUGGAGCAGCUCCGCCAGCAGCUGUCCCCGGAGAGGCGGCCCCAGAGCAGCGGCCCUGACCGCCUGGCCUAUAGCAGCCAGACAGCUCAGCAGAAAGUGACCCAGUGGGCAGAGGAGAGGGAUGAACUCUUCCGCCAAAGCCUGGCAAAACUGCGGGAGCAGCUGGUCAAAGCUAACACCUUGGUGAGGGAGGCUAACUUCUUAGCCGAGGAGAUGAGCAGACUCACCGACUACCAGGUGACUCUGCAGAUCCCUGCUGCAAACCUCAGUGCCAAUAGAAAGAGAGGAGCGAUAGUGAGCGAGCCAGCUAUUCAAGUGAGGAGGAAAGGAAAGAGCACCCAAGUGUGGACCAUCGAGAAACUGGAGAAUAAACUAAUUGAUAUGCGAGACCUUUAUCAAGAAUGGAAGGAGAAGGUUCCUGAGACAAAGCGACUCUACGGGAAACGAGGUGACCCUUUCUAUGAAGCCCAAGAGAAUCACAACCUAAUUGGCGUGGCUAAUGUGUUCUUGGAGUGUCUGUUCUGUGAUGUGAAACUUCUGUAUGCAGUUCCUAUCAUCAGCCAGCAGGGGGAGGUUGCCGGGCGUCUCCAUGUGGAAGUGAUGCGAGUUACAGGCACCGUCCCGGAGCGCAUGGUGGAGGAUGACUCCUCGGAGAACUCCAGUGAAAGCGGGAGUCUUGAAGUCGUAGACAGCAGCGGGGAAAUCAUUCACCGAGUCAAAAAACUGACGUGCCGGGUAAAAAUUAAAGAGGCAACCGGGCUGCCCUUAAACCUCUCAAAUUUCGUCUUCUGUCAGUACACAUUCUGGGACCAGUGUGAAUCCACAGUGGCUGCCCCAGUAGUGGACCCAGAGGUGCCUUCCCCACAGUCCAAGGAUGCCCAGUACACUGUGACCUUCUCUCACUGUAAGGACUACGUGGUGAGUGUAACGGAAGAAUUCCUGGAGUUCAUUUCAGAUGGAGCAUUGGCCAUCGAAGUAUGGGGCCACCGGUGCACCGGGAACGGCAGCUCUGUCUGGGAAGUCGAUUCCCUUCAUGCUAAGACAAGAACGUUGCAUGACAGGUGGAACGAGGUUACUCGCAGAAUAGAGAUGUGGAUCUCCAUACUAGAGCUGAAUGAGCUGGGGGAGUACGCCGCUGUGGAGCUUCACCAGGCAAAAGAUGUCAACACAGGAGGUGUCUUUCAACUCAGACAGGGUCAUUCCCGGAGAGUGCAAGUCACAGUGAAGCCUGUCCAGCGUUCUGGGACACUGCCACUCAUGGUCGAAGCUAUCUUGUCCAUCUCCAUUGGCUGUGUGACUGCCAGGUCCACCAAGCUCCAGAGAGGGCUGGACAGUUACCAGAGAGAUGAUGAGGAUGGUGAUGAUAUGGAUAGUUAUCAGGAAGAAGACUUAAACUGUGUGAGAGAGAGGUGGUCUGAUGCCCUCAUUAAACGGCGAGAAUACCUAGAUGAACAGAUUAAAAAAGUCAGCAAUAAAAAAGAGAAGACAGAGGACGAUGUAGAGCGGGAAGCCCGUCUGGUGGAGCAGUGGGUGGGGCUGACAGAGGAGNGGAAUGCCGUGCUGGUGCCUGCGCCGGGCAGCGGGAUCCCCGGGGCGCCUGCCGACUGGAUCCCACCACCUGGAAUGGAAACCCACAUACCUGUUCUCUUCCUUGAUUUGAACGCGGAUGACCUCAGUGCCAAUGAGCAGCUUGUGGGCCCCCAUGCAUCGGGCGUGAACUCCAUCCUCCCCAAGGAGCAUGGCAGCCAGUUUUUCUACCUGCCCAUCAUAAAGCACAGUGAUGAGGAGGUUUCAGCCACAGCCUCCUGGGACUCCUCGGUGCAUGAUUCCGUUCACUUGAAUAGGGUCACCCCACAAAAUGAACGGAUUUACCUGAUAGUGAAGACCACAGUCCAGCUCAGCCACCCGGCUGCUAUGGAGCUGGUAUUACGAAAACGGAUUGCAGCCAAUAUUUACAACAAACAGAGUUUCACCCAGAGUUUAAAGAGGAGAAUAUCACUGAAGAAUAUAUUUUAUUCCUGUGGUGUAACCUAUGAAAUAGUAUCCAACAUACCAAAGGCAACAGAGGAGAUUGAGGACCGGGAGACUCUGGCUCUCCUGGCAGCGAGGAGUGAGAACGAAGGCACAGCAGACGGGGAGACGUACAUCGAGAAGUAUACGCGAGGCGUGCUGCAGGUGGAGAACAUCCUGAGCCUGGAACGGCUCCGGCAGGCAAUCACGGUCAAAGAAGCGCUUUCCUCCAAAGCUCGGCACCUGCGGCGAAGCCUCAGCACACCAAAUGUUCAUAAUGUCUCUUCUAGUCGACCAGACCUUUCUGGCUUUGACGAUGAUGAUAAGGGUUGGCCAGAGAACCAGUUAGACAUGUCUGACUACAGCCCCAGUUACCAGGAUGUAUCGUGUUAUGGAACUUUGCCCAGGGAUUCACCUCGAAGGAGUAAAGAAGGUUGUACGUCAGAGAAUCCUCAUGCCUUAACAGUCAGCCCUUUUAAAGCAUUCUCACCUCAGCCGCCAAAGUUUUUCAAGCCCCUAAUGCCUGUAAAAGAAGAGCAUAAGAAAAGGAUGGCGCUUGAAGCAAGGCCUCUUCUAAGCCAGGAGAGCAUGUCUCCACCUCAGGCACAUAACCCUGGCUGCAUUGUGCCCUCGGGAAGCAAUGGCAGCAGCAUGCCUGUAGAACACAAUAGCAAACGUGGGAAGAAGAUUAUUCUGAAGUUAAUCUACCUAGAGGAAUUGCACUUACUUGGAGACUCUGAAGAGGAGGAAAAUGAUCUAGAAGCUCUUAACCGGAAGCUGAUAAGUUCACAGCCUUAUGUACCUGUAGAGUUUGCCGACUUCAGCGUUUACAACGCCACCUUGGAGAACAGAGAGUGGUUUUCUUCUAAAGUCGAUUUGACGAACUCAAAGGUCCUGGAGAAAGAAGUGUCCUGCAGCCCCACCACCAGCAGCAUCACCAGUGGCUACUUUUCCCACAGUGCCUCCAAUGCCACCCUGUCUGACAUGGUGGUCCCUUCUAGUGACAGCUCAGAUCAGCUGGCCCUUCAGACAAAGGAUGCAGACUCCAGUGAGCAUCCCGGAGCAUCACUUGUGCAUGACUUCAGACCAUCCUCAAACAAAGAGUUGACAGAACUAGAAAGAGGCUUGGUAAAGGAUAAGAUAACUAUGGUGCCACUCAAGGAAAACAGUGCCUUACCCAAAGGGAGCCCGUCAUCCCAAAGCAUCCCUGAGAAAAACUCCAAAACCUGCUGUAGGACCAGCUCAUGUUCAGAACAAGAUGCCUACUCCGGCAAAAAUGGCCAGCCGGCCAGGGAAUUCUGCCCCAGGGAGGUGACCAUAGAACACACCACAAACAUCCUCGAGGACCAUUCUUUCACAGAGUUUAUGGGUGUGUCAGAUGGGAAAGAUUUUGAUGGUUUGACAGAUCCUUCUGCUGGAGAACUUUCGAGUAGGAGGAACCUACCAAAUACAAUGGACAGUAAGAGUGUCUCAGAUGGGCCACAGGACCCUGGCCAGCUGUGUUCCUCGGCAGAGAGUGACCAGGGGAGCACGACCGCUCCGUGA